UAAUUACACCCCUACCCAAUGUAGCUUUCCUCUCUCUUUGAACUCUCCAGGCUUCCCAAGUUGAAUAGCAAAAACAGAAACAUCGCCGAGUAGUGGGUGAAGCCGAAAGACAAACAAGGUUUGUUUCGUGAUUGUUAAUUUCGUAGUGCUUCUGCCUUUGAUUUUGUAAUUGUAAUUCUCACUCUCCUUUUCCAAUUAGAAUUUGAAUCACAAAGUUCCCCUAAUUUCUUUCUAUAAAACCCUAACUACUACAAUCACACACACUUUUCCACAACAAUGGAAAUAGAUCAUUAUGCUGUUCUUGGUCUACCAAGUGGUGUUCAAGGGGCAAAACUCUCCCACAAAGAUAUCGUAAAAGCUUACAAAUUAAAGGCCUUAAAAUUGCAUCCAGACAAAAGGCGAGAUGACCCGAAUGCUCAUAAAAAAUUUCAGAAGCUUCAGAGCUCGUAUGAUGUUUUAAAGGACCAAAAUACUAGACAGGUUUACGAUGAUCGUCUUCGAGUUGAAUGUGAGAGGGGUUUACGGGAUUUGAUGCGUAAGAAGAUGAUGGCUGAUCUCAGGAAGAAAGACUUGGCGGAGAAGCAAGCUCGGGAGGAGGAGGAAAGGAGGCGGUGGAAGAUGAUGGAGGAGGUCAGGAGGAGGCAAGAGUUAUUGGAGAAGAAAGCUCGCCGUGAGGAGAAAAGGAAGCGGAGGAAGAUGAUGGAGGAGAUGAGGAUGAGAAGAGAGUUGGAGGAAGAAAGAAGGCGACUUGAGAUGCAGGAAUAUCUUGAGAGGAAAAAGCUAGCCGAGAAGCAAGCUCGGGAUGAGAUUGCUAGAUUUGUUAAAGACGGGCAAAUCGGGCUGGACAGGGAAAAAGUGGUUAAAGUAUCGUGGGAUAGGAUUGGUGAGCAGUAUAGUGUUCCAGGAUUACGGGAAUUGUUUCAACAGUUUAGCGAGGUUCGGUAUGUGCUUAUUAGAAGUUGUGAUAUAAACCAACGGUCGGCUUUUAUAGUUAUGGCUUCUAAAGAUGCAGUUUUUGCUGCUACUAGGAGUGUUGUUGGGUAUAUUGAUAAUCCAUUGCUAGUGUUGCCGGUUUUGAGAGGAAGCAAACAUCUAGUUUAAUCUUUUGUAUUUACUUGAUAUAUUAGAUUGUUCUACUUCAUGUAC